AUGGCGUCCGUCACAUGUGGCAUUCACAUGGGAGGUGCGCCGGCGGAAAUGGCAGUCGCGCACCUGAAUUUAGAUCUCAUCUCCAAACUGCCAUCCGAACUUGCCAUCACCGAGAUCACUGAGAGAUGCUCCACUGUGGACUUGUCGGAGCCCUCAUCCCCGGAGAUGGAUAUACCGAGGGUGAAAAGGAUCGAUCCACCCCGCUCUAGGGCAUCUAUCCCAGAUUCACCAACACAUGCCAGCCGAUUUCGAGCUGUAUCUGGGUCUCAGUCAACAUCUGCAACGAACUCCAUUCAUCACUCUCGUUCAGCUUCACGUAGUACCGGUCGAUCCCGACCACCAAGUCGCCAUAGCUCUUUCCACUCGCCGCGACGACCAGUGACCAACGCAGGCAUCGUUUCGGUCCCAGCUCGUGUGCCACAACAGGAGAAAAGGGAGUCCCUUUUAGCCCUACAUCGAGAGUCAUGUCGGCUUUUCCAAGACCCGCCGUCUUCAGUCUGGGUCCCAGAGGAAAUGCGAAAAGGGCCAACAGCCUCCCCAUCUCGACACGAACGCCGCACAUCGUCAGAGGCAGGUACUUCAGGACCACCAUCCCCGAUCGCGUCGUCCUCAUCUAGUCGCCGGUUUGAGUAUGAUCACCGCGGCUCUAUAAGCUCGACCACCUCACCACCUUUUCUCCACUCCCGAGAUCGGGCCAAUACUCUCCCUAUUAUUUCCAGUCAUUCCCACAGUCCAUCCGAAUCCUCCAUUAACGUCCCGGCGACAGUAAUGGAGUGGACCUCAGACUCAACCCGACGAGCAGAAUACGAACAGAUAGACCGCGCAAGCCGUGGUGUCCGUGGCCUCUGGCGCCGCGUCGCACCCCGCUGGUGCCACCGGGACUCACGCAUGCCCUUCUUCGAAGAAGGCAAGACGAGCCGUGAAGGCAGCGUCCGCCGAUUCCGCAUGGACCUUCCCGACGAAGAAACCGAAACAAACACCCGAGACAAGCCCCAAGCGCAGAUCUUAGACUUUCUCAACAAGAAACCUUCUCGAGAUGGCCACGGUCGACGCCUCUGGACAGGUCGUCGGUCUAAGACAUCUCUCACCUGA